ACAUCCCUAUUGGAUUGGCCAGAAAAAAUAAAAAACUUUUAAAUCGCCUUGCGGACACGGACACUCGCCGCCCCCAUUGCCAAGCCAAUAAAUUGUCUGUGAAAUCGCUAAUUACCGGUCAGCACGUGCGCCAGCAAGCGGAUUUGCGGCAGCGGCAGAGGGUCAAACAAACCGAUUUUCCGGCUGAAAAAAACAGGCGGCGGCGUCAACACGCGGACCGAAGGAUCCGAUCCGAACCGGAGAAAGCCCCCAGGGACGAUUGGUAGCGGGAAGGGAAGCGGGAAUGGAGCACAACAUGGACGUGUACGACGUGAGCGAUGAUUUGGUUAAGAAGCUCAAUGACUGGAAGCUGAUCGGGAUCAUAUCCGGCAAGUUCAAUGAGCUGAAGGAGAACUACCGCAAGGUGGACUUUGUGGAGCGGGCGCUUAUCGAUUUCAAGUAUAUGGAGAAGAUCUUCCUGAAUGUGACGCUGCGCGAGAACAAGUGCAACAAGCGGAGCGUGGAGUUCCGCAUGCUCGGCAACGAGCAAUUCUCGCUAAAGAACAGGAAAUACUUUCAGGCUCUGGAGCUGUACAACAAAAGCAUAUGCUACGCGGAGCCCAAUUCGGAGCACCUGUCCAUUGGCUAUGCCAACCGAUCGGCUGUCCUCUUCGAGUGGAAGCGCUACCGGGAGUGCCUGGCCAACAUCGAGCUGGCACGGACGGCCAACUAUCCGGCCAGGCUAAGUCACAAGCUGGACAAGCGGGAGCGGGACUGCCAGCAGCUGUUGGAGCAGCAGCCGCCCGACGUGGUGCCCUACGAGUUCAAGCUCAGCUUCGAUCCGCAUGCCCAGGUGCCGCAUAUAGCCGACUGCCUAGAGCUGCGCGAGUCCGCCGACGAGGGACGAUUUGUGGUGACCAACCGGGAUCUGGUCGUUGGCGAUAUGGUGGCCGUUGAGCAACCGUUUUGCUCCACACUACUUCCGCCCAUGCGGUACAUCCGCUGCGCCACCUGCAAGCGGGAGAAUUACCUAACCCUCAUACCCUGCGACAGUUGCUGCUCCGUGAUGUUCUGCUCGGAGGAGUGCAAGCAGCAGGCUACGUCCACCUACCACCGCUUCGAGUGUCCGAUUAUUGACUUUCUGCACCGGAUGUUCAACAAGAUUCAUGGCAUUGCCCUGCGCACCACCCUGGCCGCCUUGGACCUCUUUCCCAGCAUUGAGGAGCUGAUGACGUUUUGCGAUCAGCCACAAAAUCAGCACAAGUGCGCCUUUGACCUGGACUAUGGGCAGUUGACGCGGCAGGAGCAAUAUCGGGCCAUACACGGUUUGGUGACCAACCAGCACUUGCGCUCCGUCUCCGAUCUCUUCCAGCGCUCCGUUGUCUGUGCCGUGCUCAAACAUUUUAUUAUCGAAUACACGCCCCUCAAGGAUUAUUUGGGCGGCGAAGAGGGAAUGAAUUUCUUCACGGAUCUACUCUUCCGGCAUUUGCAGACAUCGCCCUCGAAUAUGCAUGGUAUUGAUCUGGUGGAGCAGGUCAACGAGACGAAGGAUGACCAGACGCACUCCUCCGGAGCGUAUGCCUUUCUCUCGAUGCUCAACCAUUCGUGUGCGCCGAAUACGUUACGGAUAUACGAGGGCACCAAGGCGUAUCUGUUCGUACUGCGGCCCAUUAAGGCGGGAAAUGUUCUCUAUGACAACUACGGCGCCCACUUUGCCAUCUUCAGCAAGCAGCAGCGACUGGACACGCUGUCCAUGCAGUAUCGCUUCGAUUGCAAAUGCGAGGGCUGCGAGCUGGACUACCCCACCUUUGGCCGCAUGCCACACAAGGCGACAGUGCCAUCGGUGACUGACGAUACGGACAUGAAGUCCCUCGGCGCCUACAACUAUGACUUUGCGGCGAGCAACUAUCGCAAGUAUUGUGACUUUCUCACGCAAUAUGGUGCUGCCUAUCCUUGCGAGCAGAUCAGUUCGGCGGAGGAGUGCCUCAAGAUGGCGCUUCAUAUCAUGGUGGACGCAGUGCCGCUCAAGGCGAAGAUGUAAUCUAACCCAACAACACAACAACACGGACGAACUUUUCCUUUGCUAACUUUGACUGCAAGAAUUGUAUUACACAAACGCGAGGAGUAAUUGAUAAACUAAACACACUUGUUGUUGCCAUAAGUCUGUAGCAGCGAGAUGAGAUGAUGAGAGGAUGAGAAGAUCACGGAUCACAACCGAAACUUUUAUAUUUGUAAUUGUACAUUUCGACCUUUGAUUAUACAUAUAAUUUCUAUUUCUAUUUUUUAAACACGCACCCAGCCUCUCCUUUCCACACAUUUUUCACACAAGUCUUAAGCUCAAAGUUCUUAACGUUGAUUUAUUUUUUGAUCACAACAAUGUCUUCGAUGAAAACAAACACAAAAAACAAAAGAGAACCUACUAUACAAA